UUCUAUUGGUUGGUCACACUACGCAACAGGAAUUUGCCAAUGCAAACACUGCAAUGGUUUAUGCACCGUAAACGUCAGAGUUAUGUUUUAAUAAUUAAUUAAUUAUCUCCUUUAUUUUGUAAAUAUCAUUAUUGAAAAUCAAUAUGACAGAAGUGUCUUCAAAAACUCUUCGAAUUUUGCAUUUGCCACCAACGCUUACCGACGAACGACGCGAUGAAUUACUUAAAAAGUUCAAUGCAAUAAAAACAAAGACAAUAAGAAAAUCGCCAAAGUUUACGAUAACUUUUGCAGAAUUUUUCUCUAAGGAAAUUGCCACCGAGGCAUUUCUACGCCUUCAUCAAUUAGAAGUAAAAGGUCAUCGAUUAUCAAUUGAAUUUGCCAAGAAAUCAAUAAGUUCUGAUUAUACAAAGACUGAUAGUAGUAAAAAAGCUGACGAGGAAGAGGUGAAGAAGGAGACUUCUGAAAAAGUGCAUCUCGAAAAUUUUCUUAAAAAAUUAAACAGUUGGACGGGAAGCAAUGUCUUUACUCAGCCACCUAAUCCUAAUAUUACUUACAAAUAUCCUGCACCCACGAGGGAAACUUUAUUGAGAAUUGCGAUUCAAUUGAUUAAGGAACCGAUGUUUUACACACAGGUAUUGCAUUUAAUGAACAGAAUGAAUUUACCCCCGCCAUUUGAGGAAAUGGAACUAAAUUUCCCACUACUAAAGGAAUCAUACAAUGUGGAGCAGUACAAAAAUAUUUUUGGUUUUGAAGAAACAACUUCUCAAAAUUUAGAACAACAGGAACUAGACGAAGUGGAAGAAUCAGAAUCGGAAAUUGAAUCCGAAGAGGAGCCAAGUGGAAAAAUACAGAAUAUCAUUCCAAUGAAGAGAAAGAGGCCCUCGUCAACUAAAAGAUUGAAAAUUCCAAAGUUUGUGAAUCCUAAAAAGCAACUCAUUGCUGCUUCCACCUCCAAUCAACGGCCAUUGAGGCCAGAGGAUUUAUUCGAAUCAGUAAACAAAAAUGAACCGAAAAAACUUGAAUUAAAAAUAAGUGGCAAUAUGCCUUCAUCUGAAUCAACAACUUUCCAUGUGAGCGAUGUGCAAGAAGGAGGUUUUGGCCUCUUUUCUCCAGCUAAUAAAACCGAUGUUAAAACAUCCGAAGAUAGUGAAAAUGCGCAAGAAACGAAAACGCAAGAAUUUAUCACGUCUGAAGAACUGGCAAAUAAUCGCAUCACAGUGAAGGAUUACGAUAAAUUCACUGCGUUCAAGAAUUAUCAUCCUGGAAAACCGUCGUGCCGUUUGUAUAUAAAGAAUCUAGCGAAGCAAGUAGAGAUUAAAGAUUUGCACUUUAUUUAUAAGAAGUAUGAAAUCAAAGACUUAGUUACAGCUGAAAAUCAAUAUAGUGUGCAACUCAUGCAAGGAGGACGAAUGAAAGGUCAAGCGUUCGUUACAUUACAAAAUAUUAAACAGACUGAAAUUGCUCUUGCUGAAACGAAUGGCUAUAUUCUAAAAGACAAACCAAUGGUCGUUCAAUUCUCAAAAACAGUACAAACUUAGAAUAGAAAUUGUCUAAAUAUUUCUAAUUUUCAAUUUCCAAUUAUUGAAAAUUUUUGCAAACCAUGUAAAAAAAUUGUACAGUUAUUGUUUAUAUUUAAUACUAUAUAAAAUGUUUAAACUUUCAAA